UGAUUUAUUAGUGCAGUUUUACCGCUUUGUGAUGUGUACCACUAUCGAUUAUAUCAUCAACCAAUGCUAAAUUCAUAGUCAGUUUUGACGUUUUGUCGACAAUGCAACGCAUGUAGAGUCAACAUUCGAAUAAAAACUAUCAUUGGAUAAGUUUCCUCUUUUCGUUUGAUUUCAUUACAAUCGACCAAAAUCUUCAAUGAACCGUAGAUAAUAGUAAAAAUAAAGUGCUGAAAUGCUAACCAAAGGAAAUACCGCUCCAAUGUUUUACCGAAUUCUGGCCCGGUUUCCUCAAAAUUUUUCUUUCUGUUUUGCUUAUGGAUCCGGAGUUAAGCAGCAGCUGGGCUAUGAUUCAGUUAAUAAAAAGAAAAAUAUGAUCGAUUUAAUAUACACCGUGGACAAUGCUCAUCGAUGGCACGCCAGUAAUCUGGAACGAAAUCCGGACCAUUACUCCGCUCUUCAAUUUCUGGGCAGUGGAUUCAUAACCAAAUACCAGGAAACGAUAGGCGCGAAGGUGUUUUUCAAUACGUUAAUUCCGAUUCCAGAAGAAGAUGUUAUCAUCAAAUACGGCGUUGUUACAACCAAAGAUCUUUUGGAAGAUUUAAACGAUUGGACUAAUUUGUAUCUCGCUGGAAGACUUCACAAACCUGUCGAAAUAAUACGCACUGCGACGGGUUCAAAAAUACAGAAUGCGAUAGACAAUAAUCUCAAAGCAGGGGUUCACGCAGCGCUUUUGUUGCUGCCGGAAAAGUUCACCGAAUUUGAAUUGUUUCGGGAAAUAUCUAGCUUGAGCUACGCGGGUGAUUUCCGAAUGAUUUUCGGUGAAAAUAAAGAUAAAGUUAAUAACAUUGUUCGACCACAGCUAGAAAAUUUUCGCAAUUUAUAUUCGCCAACAAUAGCUCAAUUGCGGCACGUACUCAAUCUUCCUCCGGAAAGUAGCGACAAUUCAGUAUGCAGCCAGGAUCUAUCGGAGAAAACAAUCCUGUAUCAUCUAAGCCAUUUACCAAAGUGGCCAGUAAGGAGAAUCGUGUGCACUCAAACAAGCGGACGCUACCGACAGGAUACGGAAGAUAUCCUGGCGGCCGUUUCCAAGUCUUCGAACUACCAGGAAACAGUUUCCCGAUGUCUCCGAUCGAUCGUAUGGCAGAGCAGCGUGAAGCAGUCGAUAAAAAAUAUUCCCUCAGCCGGCAUUAGCAAGUCAUUGAAGUAUAGCUGGUCGAAAGCCCUAAAGACGUUUAAUUUAUAAUUUGAGUGAUUCGUGCAUUUAAUAGAAUAGGAUAAAAACUAGUCGCAUGUUUCUAUAAAGUGUUCAGUCAAUAAUAAAUAUUGAUAAGAGUAAGUUUUCAGAUUCAUUAAUUCUACAUGGCCUUGAUUAAGUUGAGGGUAAGGGUGAUAUUUUGCGUAUUGGAGAGAGACUAUGAUUUCCAAAUUAACACCGGCAUGCUAUCAGUAUCAGACAACAUUGUUCACUUACAUGUUUUUAAUCUUCAUUUAUGAAAAAUUAUACAUAAAAUGAAGUAUUGCCUCCGUCACAGAUUGUAAGGAGGAACAAAAAAUGGCAGUCUUUCAGCUUCAUCCACCACCGAAGUACGAUGAGUAAUUAACUAAAAUCAAAGACACCAAACAAUAAAUAAAACGAGCUAUCCUGCGAGGAAAU